CACUUUAGGACCUGAUACCCCUUCGAGAUUUUUUUUUCGUCAUUCAGAUCAUGAACAAACUAUAUGUUGGGAAUUUAAGUCCUUCGGUCACUGUCGAGGACUUGCAGCAGCUCUUUGGGGAGAGGAAGCUGCCAGUGGCCGAGCAGGUCCUGCUGAAAUCCGGCUAUGCUUUUGUGGACUUCCCCGACCAGAACUCGGCCAUAAAGGCUAUAGAGACUCUUUCUGGUAAAGUUGAAUUACACGGAAAGGUGAUAGAGGUAGACUACUCUGUUCCCAAAAAACUAAGGAGUCGGAAGAUCCAGAUCCGGAACAUUCCCCCUCAUCUACAGUGGGAGGUUUUGGAUGGCCUUCUAGCUCAGUAUGGUACUGUAGAAAACGUGGAACAAGUUAACACUGAUACAGAAACAGCAGUGGUGAAUGUUACGUACGCAACCAAGGAGGAAGCUAAAGAAGCCAUUGAGAAGUUGACAGGACACCAGUUUGAAGACUACUCCUUCAACGUGUCAUAUAUCAUGGACAUGGAUGUUGCUCCGCCCGUCCAGGCUCCUCGCACACGGCGUGGGGGUCGAUCGUCCCGGGACCAGGGCACCCCUCAGCCUGGGCCCUCAGGAGGCUUCGGCACUCCGCGCCCCAGGCAACAUGACUUCCCCUUGCGCAUGCUCGUGCCUACUCAGUUUGUGGGAGCCAUCAUCGGCAAGGAGGGCCUCACCAUCAAGAAUGUAACCAAACAGACGCAGUCCAAGGUGGACAUUCAUCGGAAGGAGAAUGCAGGUGCAGCAGAAAAGCCCAUCACCAUCCACUCAACUCCAGAGGGCUGCUCCUCCGCCUGCAGCAUGAUCCUGGACAUCAUGCAGAAGGAGGCCAACGAGACCAAGACGACGGAGGACAUCCCUCUGAAAAUCCUCGCCCACAACAGCCUGGUGGGCCGGCUGAUUGGGAAGGAGGGCCGCAACCUGAAGAAGAUCGAGGAGGAGACAGGGACCAAGAUUACCAUCUCCUCGUUACAAGACUUAACCAUUUACAACCCUGAGAGGACCAUCACGGUGAAGGGCAGCUUGGAGGCGUGUUGUAAAGCCGAGGCGGAUAUCAUGAAGAAACUGAGGGAAGCCUACGAGAAUGACAUUGCUGCUAUAAAUCAACAGGCCAACCUCUAUCCCAGGUUGAACCUGAACGCUCUGGGCAUCUUCUCCUCUGGUCUGCCGGUGCUGCCCCCUGCUGCUGGACCACGUGGUGCAUUGACCCCUGUGGCACCAGCAGGAUACAACCCAUUCUUAAGUCACUCUUCACAUCUCAGUGGCCUGUACGGGGUUCCUCCAGCAAGUGCCAUCCCCCACCAGCACUCA